AUGUCUCUCUCUCUAUACCGUGUCGAUGAUCAAAACGAUAACUCAGCCUCAUCUGUCAAAAGAACAAACAUCCUUGGAUCAAAAAUCGGAGUAAUCGGAUCAGGAGAAUUCCCAAAGAUAUCUUCAUAUUCAAAGUCUACCAGAUCUACUGACGACCUUAGAAAAUACAAUACUUUUUUUUUGGCUCAUGAAGGCCAUGCAGAACAGACGUUUACGGAAAACAAAGGAAAACCUAGGAAAAAAUCCACUGGUGAUGAUAACACCGGUGUUGAAGAUGAGGACAUAGAGGAUAAUUCUACACAACAAUUUCUCUUGAGUGAUUCAAACGAGGAAGAUAGCGAGGAAGAAUGCUAUGAGGACAAAGAUAAAGAGUACCAACCAGAGGACAUAGAUGAGCGCUCGGAUUCAGAUAUGACUGAGGGAGAAGAAGAAGAGCAGUCUGACGAUGGCUCAAAAGAUGAUUCAGACGAUGACUCUGAGAAUAACGACAACGAUUCCGAAGACGAGAGUGAUACAGAUGAUGAAGUAGAGGAAACAGAGGAAGAAUGGGAAAGUGAUUGCGAAGAUGAAGAUGACGAAGAAAACGAUACGGACGAAGGAUGGAAAAAUUGUAGUGAGGAAGAGGAGAACGAGGAUGCUUUAGAUGAUUUAAAUGAAGAUUGGGAACGUGUCAAAGAUGAAGAAGACAAGGAAGGGGAUGAUAUCGUCGAAUUGCCUCCGAAUAAACAAAAUUGA